CGCAAGUAUGGCGCCUGCAAACAUCUCACUCCCGAGCAUUCAAGAGAUGUUCCCAGAAUAUUUGUUGCAUAUCCCACCAGAAAGGCGCGUCGAAUCCAGUGCGCCUCAAAGCCCGACCCCCUUUCAUUCUCGUCCAUCCGCACUGUCUAACGGACGUCACAGUCAUGAGAGACACUCGCCCGGUUUCUUUCGCUCGGUUCCGGCUUAUCAUUCUUCACUCCCUUAUAAACUCCGGGUAUCAGACGCUCCUGUGGGUCCCAGCCGUCACUCAGCAAGCGAAGACAUUGAGGACGAUACUAAAAGAUUUAUCUGCACGAUCUGCAAUAAGCGUUUUGGUCGACCUAGUGGGCUCAAAAUUCAUUUCAAUACACAUACUGGCGCUACCCCUUUUCGGUGCCCGGUUAUUCGCUGUAGAAAGGAAUUCAAUGUCAACUCCAAUAUGCUUCGGCAUUACCGAAACCAUAUGAAUCCUACCUCGGUCACGGGGGUUUCUGCCCUCUCUCACUCACCUCCGAUCUCCCACUAUCAGAGGACCCCCAAAUCAAAUUCGGUCUUGCGCUCUACAUUGUCGAGCCCAUCUUUUGAAAAGGAUGAACAGGGGCAGUUAAGGAGUCAGCCGCACAACGCGGUAUCUUCAAGGGAGAAACAUGACGGAAGGUACAUGGAAGGCCCACCUAGUAUGUACGAGCAUGAGGGGCAGUAUGGAAUGAGCGAUAUACGUUCUAGGCCAGAUACAGAUACAUAUGGAUGGCAGCGCGAGUUGGGAGGAGGCUACCUGUAUGCGACACCUCAUUCGCAACCCUACGUCUAAUGUGUUAAGUC